CUAAUAUUUCAGAUUCGUGCGCGAAACAUCGGUCGAGGAAGAACGCAUCAGGGUGUUCGAUUCUUCAGCGAUAUUAUUGAUUCUGUGAAUAUCCAAGUAUAACUGUAAAACAAGAGCUAGGUAUAAUGGCGAGACAUGUGGUCUGCUGGAUUUUUCUUGGAAUGGCCAUGCAAGCGCUUCUGGUGUCUGCUGGGAGACCAGAUUUCAUUACUGAUGACAUGAUGGCUAUGGUUGCUGAUGAUAAGGCAAGGUGCAUGGGUGCACAUGGAACCACCGAAGCUUUGAUCGAUCAAGUGAAUAACGGCGCUCUCCCAAACGAUCGAGCUUUGACUUGCUACAUGGACUGCCUCUUCUCAGCUUUCGGUGUUAUCGACGAGGGUGAACUUGAGGUGGACAUGCUGGUUGGAUUCCUCCCAGAUCACAUGCAGGACGCAGCACGAGAUCUUUUAGAAACUUGUGGAAAAGAGCCUGGAGCUGAUCCGUGUGACAAGGUCUUCAACAUCGCCAAGUGUGUGCAAUCAAAACGACCAGAUCUGUGGUUCAUGAUUUGAAGUGGAUCGGAAGUAGAAACAGCGCUGGGCGAGUUAGCAGAUGAGUGUAGUCAAUUAAUUGGAGAUGGACACGUUAAAUUCCGGGGAUAACUCAACCGGAGGGUGAGAGAAGAAUGAGAAGACAUCAAUCAGUAAUUUUCGACGGUCAACGAUCGCUGGUUUCUAGAAACUCAGAUGAUAUGAUUGGAGAUUGCAAUGUGUGUGUGUGUCCUUCGAUGCAUGAAUGCGCGAUACGUGUGACAGGCAACGACAAUUUAUUAGAAACAAUCAUUAAGGCGACCGUUCCAAGGCACAAAGUACUUAAUCAAUGAUGAAACAAUCGAUAGUAUUCCAAUGAAAUAAAAAUUUAUGCAGACGUAGUCAA